UCUUAUUUUUCAGAAUUUUGACAGUUUGACAAUGGCCGAUAAUAAUAAUGGCGGAAACUAAAAGAAUUUCUGAAAAAAUGGAAGAUCAGUGGUUUUUAAAGCAGGAUGGUUGUUUAUACGUCGGUAGUCAAGUGACAGAUAUUAUAUUUCAUUCAAAUUUAAAUGUGAUGCUAGUUUUUGGCCAUCCAAAUGGACUGAAAGUGUUGGAUAUAAAUUCUGGAGUGAUAUUGCAGUCUACGGUCGGAUUAGGAGGUGUCGAUCGAAAAAUUGCUGGCAAGUACCUUCCACAGCAGGACAAGGUUUUAUUUUGGGAUGGAAAAAAUAUUGGUAUGCGAGGCGACUACAAUGGUGUAUUAUUUUUGGAAACAAUUUUACAAACGCCAGUCAAACAAACUGAUGACAUUGUUAAAUUGGAAAUUUUGCUUUCCGAGGCUGUUCUGUUUCUGCAAAGUUUGCAAAACAUCGAAGAACAUGGUUUGGAGAAUACCAGCGAUGUGAUCAACGAAUUUGUGGCGAAAAUAACAGAAGCAAAUUCAAUGGAAAAGAAAGGAAUCAAAGCACAAAAGUGGAACACAAUAUGUUUGGAAUUGCCUCAUUCGUAUUUCAAAAUGGUAGCGAACAAUGUUGUGUUUCAACUGAAGAAACUCGAUCGUCAUAUACCAGCGCUUGCCAUUGCUUCUGCUAUCAGCGAACGAUUAACAGAUCUUCGUCAGAACGGUCGAAUAUUGGAAGCGGUAAAUGCCAGCGGCAAUUCUCAACGGUAUUUAAUGUAUUCCGAAGCAACCAGACGACAAACGUUUCUUCAGUGGCCGCACAUGGAUUACAAAUGGGCACUACCAAACCAAAUGGCACAGGCCGGAUUCUACCAUCAACCGGUCAAUGCUGGCGAUGAUCGGGCCAUGUGUUUCACAUGCAAUGUGUGCCUGGUUUGCUGGGAGUCAACGGACGAACCGUGGAACGAGCAUGAGCGACAUUCGCCGUCCUGUCCGUUUGUGAAAGGAGAAUACACACAAAAUGUUCCGUUAGCAAUAACAUCGGCCACAAAUCCAGCAACGGCAACGACUGGUUUCACAAUCAUGUCCAACGGCAUCGAUUCGAACAUAAUAUGCACGGGAAAUGUGACCGGUGAAGUGGAAUUGUGGAAAACUAAGUGGCAAGUGGUGAAAAUCGGUUCGUUUAACAUUCGUGAGCACGUACAAUUUUUGCGAUCAUGUCUGAAAAUGGACGAUUUAAAUGAAACGGACAUAGAGUUGCAUGCGUUGUGUACGACACCAGUGGUCGGUGCCAACGAAUGUAAUAGUGAAAAUAGCUUGCGGAUCGUGUGUGGCAUAUCGAUCAGAUCCAAAGAGUAUUUAAUUGUGUACAACAUCAUCAAAAUGGAAUCGAACCAAAAAUUGGAAGAAGCAACCGAUCGAAGUGAAAAGGAAGAGUCCAAGGAGAACAAUAAAGAUGACGCGUCCAGCAAAAAGUCAACGCUAAAGAACAUCAUACUAGAGGAUGAAUACAGCGAAGAUGACAUUAUCGAUCUGUCGUACGUUGAAAGUUCCGAAUUUUGUCCGUACAAAAAUAUGGAAAAACUGUUCAUGGACGAAACGGAAGAGCUGCUCAGCGAAGAUGAAUCAAAAUCGAAAAUCGUCAAUGCUGAAACGUCCGCAAUCAACUCCGCAAAUGUUUUAACACCAACCGAAGCUAUAACUUGUGUCCCGAUGCAACUGUUGAUGGUCGAUCCGUAUUUGAUGGCAAAUGUUUCCAUUACCGACAUUAUCCCCAGCUAUGACAAAAAGAAUCUGUUGAUUGUACUGAAAAACAAUUCGAUCUCAUCAUUGACGUCCACACCGUCAUCAUCAUCCGAUGUACCUAUCGAGGUGGACGGUGACGUGGACACCGGCCAGAAAACAACUGACGAUAAGAACAGAGUGCUGCUGGUUGUUUUCGAAAUAAAAGAUUCUGGACUGGAAGCGGUAUCGACUGUGGCUCGAUGGUUUAGUGACGACAAUGCACCAACUCAAAUUUGUAUGUUACCCAACUACAUCGAUAAGAUACCGAGCGAUACUGUCGAUGCAAACAGUGACAAUGUAUUUGCGAUGAUCUGCCAGAGUGGUAAACUGUUGCUGGUAUCACUGCUAACGCUCAGCACCAUUUCCGAUGUAUCCGAUUAUGAAAAGUUCGUAACCGUUACGUAUUGCAAGAAUCUGGAACGGAUAUGUGCGUCCACUGCCAGCGGCAUGCUACAUUUCUAUUCAUUUUUCGAUAUGGAUCUGGAUUCGGCCGACGAUCAUGAAGACGACAAGAUGGCCAACUUGGACGUCCAAUUUGGCAUGGGUGAAGGAGACAUUUCGGAAACGGAUGGCUCCAAUAGACAACCAAUCCCAUCUACAUCCAACUCACCACCUGGCGCUCAUGCGGCACAUUGUACAACGGGUUACGGUCCUUCGGGGAUGCCAUUUUAUGCCUACAAAUUGGAACUGACAUCACCCGAUUUGAAGGCAAUGUACGCGUUGACACUAUUCCACCCGAUUCUGACACAGUAUUCGGCUGAAGUGCCAGCUUGCUGGAAUGAAUUGAUUCAAGCACAGAAGCAACGACGGCCGUCACAACAAUUGCGGGCAGGAGACAAUUCCUACCUUACAAAAACGUGGCGUCUGCAUAAUGAUGCAACAACGUGGGACGAGCACAUCAUUGAAAUAACUCUGCCGAAGCCAGCCUCUUUGGGACACAUUGAUUUGAGAUUCACGUUGUAUUCACAGUGCCCGAAUCCACCAGCCAUUCAAAUCACUUUGUUGAAGCAAAAUACCACCGGAUUUGGAUAUCGCAUGAAAACGCCGUGCAGCAGUAGUGGUUCGGGAUCAUGCAACACAUCGAGUACUUCAGCUACAGCCUCUGAUGCAAGCAGAGAGAAAAAUGACGACUUCAAAAUGGAUUUUGGCGAAUUCAAAGAAAAUCCUGUAUUGAGCGAAGAUUAUCUGCAAGCGCACAAUGCCGACAUACUAGCUGGACCGAUCGAACUUGCCUCCUGUAUGGAUUUGAAUGAGGACGGCGGAUUGGUUACAUUGACCAGUCCGAAAUUGUUUAAAACGAAAAGUCGCAAUUUACUCGUCCACAUCAAAACAAUGGCCGAUGUGUCGAAAAAUGGACAUGGGAAGACGAGAGUGCCUGUACGAAAAAAGGGUAUACUACGGUACCUUUUUCCUUCAUUUGCAAAACCUUCAUCACAAAUUUCGGCUAACAGUUCAUUAUCUCAAGAUUGUUGUACGUCAAAAGCGAGCAACAACGAAUUUUAUAUAGGCUGUGACUGGCUACACGAAUUGUCCAUAUCGCUGCGGAGCACUCAAACUUCAUACGAAAUUCCCAACGAACGUCUACAGCGUAUAGCCAUGUUGGAGUCAAACAUUUUACUGAAAAAUUUACUUCAAAUAAUUUCCAAUUCGGAAUUGAACAACGACAAGAUGAUGGCAUUGGAUAUAUUACAGUGGAUAAUAACGAUUCGAUUGGCACGAUAUCGAUCGCCAAUACCGGAUGGAGUUAAAAAGCAGUCGAGCGAAAAUGUGACAAAUAUGCAUUUGCAGCAAAUUGAAUGUGUAACAGCAUUUCAGAGCCACUUGUCGGAUUUGAUACGAAGCUGCAUUUUGAGUGGAAAUCGUACGUCGGCCAAUAAAUGUGUUAAAAUUGUACUGACUGCUCUGGAAGGUGUCAAUAAUAUGCUGCCGGAUCGAUUCGACAAAGUUAUGUUUGAAAAAAGUCUUCGAAACGCAAUACUGGACUGUAUACCGGAUUUGGUUUUUGCAAAGUACUCCGGUGCACUACGUUGGUUUACAUUGCUCGUCUCGACGUCAUCCACAUUUGUCUCUCAAUCGCAAAUAUCGGAGGCUUGUCUCAAUUUACUACUGGAUGUUACAAAGGAAAUGGGCAAGCGGUCUAAUCAAUACACAUCCCUGUUACGUACAAGAUUCGGUAUGUAUGGUCUGCCAUUUGAACCGGACCUGUUCGAUGCAGAGUUGCCGUUGAUUGCCAAGUACAAUUCGUCUCCCAAUACUUUCUCUUCGAUUAUCAUGAAAAAUGCACCGGCCACUCAACAACAAAACACGAUCAUUGAUUUGAAGAAGUUUUGCUCGCCCGAUGGCAACGAACUACGAACAUUUCCGUCGCAAAUACGCCGCAAAGGCAUUAGCAAUCAAAUACGCGGGAUAUUAGAAGUGGAACCGUUACAUUUUACAUGUUGUGCUGCAUCGGAAGCAACGCGUGUGGAAAAUAUGGAUUCAGCAGCUGCGACUCAAGCGAACAAUAUCAUCGAUGACAUCUUGUUUGAUGCUCCGGCACAAAAUACCGAGCCGCAAACGGUCAACAUGAACAACAUUGACCAUUCGAAGGGUGUGAAAACAAUAACGAGCGCUAAGCCGAAGAAUCAGGGCGAAAUGAACAACAUCAUCCUGUUGGACAAAAUAUUCAGUUCGUCGUUGAUCAAACACAAAGCGAAAAUUAUGGCUUCCAACGACAAGAACAAGGAGAACAAUUACAACUAUUUCGAUAACUUUCCGGUCAUCAUCAAACCGAUCGACCCGAAAUUCAAUCCAUUUUCCAUGGAACCGACGGAGAAAGCCAACGUCAAGGCAAACACUCGGCCCGCCAAAGUCGAUGCACAGAAAACCAAUUCGUCCAAAUCAUUCGUAACCACAAAACUGCAAGAAAUCAUGUCCGAAAGUAUGGACGAAUCGAAUGCGGCUUAUCCAUGGCAUAAACUGUUAAGCCUACCGACGAAGCAAAUGGUUGUUAUCGAUCGAAUGCACUCGGGCGCUCGUCGAUUCAUUACAUUGAAUUUCGGUUAUUUGGUUAAACUGACUGAUGUCAUUAUACCAGCCUGUGAAGAUCUUGUUUCGAUUGCCAUUGAUGUUUGGUGUUUGGAAGAAGAUGUCGAUUCAACGCGAUUGGCAAUGGCUACUGAUAUCAACACCAAAACGCUGGUUUUGACUGAUUUGCAACCUCCUCCGUUGUGCCGUUUCAUGAAGAUCACUACAACUGGACGGUAUGGAAUGUCGGCCACAAGAUGCAAAAUACCAAUUGGAUCAUUCUUUGGACAUGUUAUAGUUGAUGAAACCGGUUACUCGAAGCCAGCUCUAACGGUAGAGAAGCCAAUAAGCAAUAACAUUGCCAUGCAACUGAAAGCAUUACACUCGUUGUACGAAGAUGUGCAUUGCCGAUACAGUCUGUCCCGCAGCAAAUUAAUGGAACUACUCGAUCCGCUAUUCAACAGUUACAUAUCAAAUGUUGCUCACAUGCAGGCCUAUUUGAAUAAAAAUGCCGAUCCGGAUAACAUCAGCAUCGACCACACGAAAAUCUUAAACGUGUACGAGGAAUGCAUUGGUUUCCAACAUCAAUUGAACAUCAUCCAAAAUGUUCUGAAUCGUGUCGAUCCCACCAAUAGUGUAUCGGCCGCAUCGGUCAAGCACAACAACAAAAUCGACAAUUUGUCGUCGGUGUCAUCGGAUAAACUGAGAGUGUUGAGCGAAUGUUUGGUGGAAAUGUUGAUGCAUUUCCUGAUCGAGUAUGGUGUUAAGAAUGUCUUCUCGUUGCACACAUUCUUUGAUGUACAUAUGUGCAACACAUUGUUCGAUACGUUGAUCGUCAGCGGGGACAAUAAUAUGCAAUUGGCGACAUGUGCCCUAAUUGUGCGAAUGUGUUCGUUUCAACCGUGGUGGGGCGAUUUUCUGGCAAAUUGUUUCACAAAGCUUUUUUCGUCUCAAAAUACGAAAAUUUUCCCGCAAGACCGGGUUUUCUUCUUAUUAACAUAUUUGGGUCGUAAAAGCAUUGCUAUGGGCUCUUGUCGCGUGGUUGUGAUCGAUUCGAUCCUGAAAACCUUGGCAACGCUAUUAGUUCCUCUAUCCAGUUCGAUGGGCGAAAAUGUUGAUGUGACUGGAUCAAAGACUGAUUUCCAAUUGAUUAGUUGGUUGUUGCUGUUUCUGUCGGUGUGCAUCGAUGACGGCGUGGAUAAGAAAGAUCAAAAUGCCAUUCGUUGGGAUUUUAUGUCUGGGGAUGCUGACGUGUCCAAAACUCAAAUCCAAUCGAAUCCGAAUUAUGGCCGAACAUUUGCACGGUCGUUCAAGAAACGCUUCUUCCAGAAACAAACCGGCAAUAAUAACACCAGCAGUUUUCUCGAUAAAAUCAUGACAACGCAAAACGAGAAGCGCUUCCAUGUAGCCCAGUUGAAGUCACAAAUUGAAAUGGUACUGAAGCAACAGGAGAAUCUGAUCAAACGUAACAUCAAAAUCCAUCAGAUAACCGACAUGUUUUCGGAUAUCAAUGGAAAAUCGAAAGCCAAAUCAAACAAAUCGGAUAUGCCAUCCAAAACGCAAUCGGACGAUAACGAUAAGGAACAGUCGUUCGAUAAGGGAUUGAGAUCAUUGAAAAUAACAAAUACUUUGGUGGUGAUUCGAGGCUUAGUUAGCCUGCUACUGGCUAUGGAUUACACAUGCAACAUGGACUUAUUUCUGUUAACUUGUAAAAUUCUGGCCAGACUUGUGUCAGCUUGUCAACCAGCUGUUCAACUAUCGAAAAUUAUAACUAUGCCGCAGCUGCAACAGUUGGUUCGACUGGCUGUUUGGAGGGAACAACAACCCUGGGCUGUUCAUGCCAUUACUUGUUUGCUUCAGGACAUUCUGGAUGCCGAUAGAAAUUUCAAAUUGAUCGAUUGCUGCGAUGAUGAUGAUGACGAAGAUGUUGUGACGGCAGAUUCUACUGAAAUGGACGUAGCUCAAGACACAUCGGAUGUGGCUGGUGCAUCAGAAAAUGAUUUAUUCAAUGAUGCCAUCACCGAAGGACUUCUGUUUUCUCCGGAUGAUUCGAACAAAGACAGUAUAAAAUUCUCACAACUACCAUCGUUGGCCGAAUGUGAAGACGCUGAAAUGGACGACAUGAUCAUUGAAGAUAUUCUGGAAUGUGGCAAAAAUAUGGCGAAAAACGAUAACAACACCUUCGUACGCAGCGGAUUGAACAACAAUAUGUACCGCAGCGUGUCAUGUGCAAUGGAUGCGCGACUGGAAUGUGGUCUCGAAUCCAAUAUUGAAACAAGCCUGCGAAAGCUGACCAUGAUGUCAUCGUUGAAUUUGUUCGCCAGUUUACCACAAAGUCCAAAUUAUGACUUCCUUAACCGCACAGUCGAGAUUCUUCCAUGGCCCGAGUACAUUACACAAGCCUGGUCGGAUAACGAUUAUCGUGAAGUUAUCUCAACCAAUCAGAUGUUGGUGAUGGUCUUCAAUAGCAUCUUUGCCGAUUUACAUUUGCAAGAUUCGUGGCUCCAUUUGGAUCAAGUGCUACAGCUCUGGCUCACAUUGUACAACGAAAUGAACUUGAGGACACCAUCGACGAAUCCUUUCAAUGUAAAUUUGUCGGAAUCGUUGCCGAAAUUACCAUUUGGAACGAUGGCCGUGCAAGGACUGCUGUCGGCUUUGUCCUGGGAUCAAAAGAUUAAUUUGCGUACAUGGUGUCUAGGAUUUCAAUGCUUGACUCUGGCCUGCACGCCACAAAUUCAACCAGAUUUCGAUUCUGACGAAACAAUAGACUCGAAUUCUCGGCGCAUGGGUGUCUUGAUAGUAAAUGACCCGAACUUUGAGAAAAUGCUGCAGAAAUUCUAUUCAUCAACCGAUAUGUCGUCCAAUGAUAAUCGAUGUGCCGGACCGACCAUCUGUAAAUUGAUCAACGAAUUGUUUAUGUGGAUGGAAUUAAAGUCGGACGUGAAUGACGUGUGCUAUGUGAAGAAGAAAUUGAAGGAAAUUCUGCUCCGAGUUGUGCUGCAAUUGGUUCAACCCGGCGGAGCAAUAUCAAUGCAACAGGGACCAAUGGAUGCACAAAGUCUGUUGAUACAGGAAUUGAUUUCGUGUCAAUACGAAAAAGCAGAUCAGAAUGUUGGCAUGAGCAUCAUUGAAAGUGUCUCUCAUCUUGUGUACAAUCAUAUCACAUCACACGAAAAGGUUCACUGCCAGCGAUUGGUAGAAACUCAGAUGAACAAUGUGUUCGGCAGUCUCUUUGCAACUGUUCUCGGCUCGGAAGGUUCACGUCAAAAUAAAACUGUGUCGGGGCAUUCACUGCUUGUGUGUUUGCUGAAAUUAUCGUCGAAAAUAGUCCGAACUGCUCUGCCGCAGUUGAGCGAUGCCAUGGAGACGAAUGAUUUGAUAACCUCGCAAAAUAUCGCUAACGAGAGUCAAACGGAUGAAACUAAAGCCGAACAGCAACAAAAUCAGGUCGAAGUACCCAUAGUCAAAGUACCAUGCAUAGCAGAUACAGUUCUACAACAUUAUCCGACAAUGUUUCGCCUGUUGGGCUCACUUUCGCACAGCACAAGCACAUCAUUUGCAUUGCUUGCAUCAACAAUAAGUCCAACAGGUUUGUCCGACAACAAUAAUCCAAUUAGUGGAGAUCCAACGUCCGUCGCGGAUGCAGUGUUCCAAAUCCUAAUGCUGCUAAGCUACAAAGGGACUCAGUCGAUUUUGAUUGUCAAACCGUUGUACGACUUUUUAAAUUCAACGUCCAGCAUGAAGUAUGCAAUGCCUAGACUUCAACUAUCCGAACCGUUUUUGUGGUUCAUUCUGCAAAUCCUGGAAAUACCAGCCACAGUAGCCAUUUUCACGGACAUCGGUGGCAUCAAAGUGUUAUGUCAAAAUCUGGUUCGCUGUAAUCGACAAUUGGUCAAUAUGCAGCCGGGCUUAGUGUCACUGAUUAUGCAACACAUCAGCAAGUCACCGAAGCAAAAGGUCACCAAUGCAGCCGCAGCUGUUUCACCGAAUAAUUGCAAAAAGACAACGGCAGCUCAAAAGUCAGCCGAGGGCUACAUAAAUUUUGCACCGUUCUGCAGCAUAUCAACGGAAAAUUCAACAGCACAACCACCCGAUGUACUGGUUCUUCCUCCGAUUGCGUCGCAUCGAAGAGCGCGUACAGCAGCUUGGAGCUACUUAUUCUACCCGAAUGAAUCUCACAUCGAUUUGAACAUAACACUGCCGACGGCGAUUCUACUGAAAGAAAUCCAAUUGCAACCACAUCUACCUUCGUUGCAAUCAUGUCCAUCGGCUGUUGCAAUCGAAAUCAAUCGGGAAAGUAGUUUGAUUCCAAUUCCACUUUGUCAUCCAAUGUCGACAGAAGGAUUAACAUAUAUUCGAUUAAGACUGCCGCAACCGGAAGUUGCAACCAGCAUUGUUUUGCGGUUGUAUCGACCGAAAGACAGUACAAACAUUGGAUUGACACAAAUAUCAGUGCUCGGUACGACUGUGUUCUCGAAAAAUUCACCCAACGAUCUGUUAGCUAAUGACGAAGAAUCAACGGCUAAAACGAGCUUGGGCUGGCUGCGCAUUUUACACAGAUGCUUUAGCGUGGCAACAUUUAAUCCAAACAACGAACAGCUUCGUAAAUCUGUUAUUGAUUCAGCGGCCGAAUACCCUGGUUUCUUGGAAGCGUGCUGUUCCCUCUUGAAUGUCGUUGGUGGUACGCCAGGACUGCAAAAUACCGAAACUGUUUUGCUCAAAUUGGGAUUGCACAGCAAAGAGUUGGGUUUGAAGCUGAUCAACAAUUUGCUGAUGAACACCAUACCGCAACCAUUUCGACUGUGUAACGAGUCGGUGUCCGAUUUACUUUUUGAUUUGUGUACAACUUACGAUGAAUUUACUUAUGAUCGAAUUGCUGCGCUUAUCAACUGGACGAAAAAUCUUCAUGUUGUAUGUCAGCAACAAAUUGGAUGCAUGAAAACAAAUCCGUUUAGUGGCUUCGUAAAAUGUCUUUCUUCCAUUUUGUGGACCGUUCAUUCGUCUCCCACCCUAUCCAACAUUGCUACCAAUUUAAUAACUGAAGAUUUGUUCGAAUCGAUAUUCUUAUGGACCGAAUUGUUGGACGCUAAAGAUCCGAUGAAAAAAUCUGUUGACGCCAUGCUGUGUUCCAUGUGCUACAUUCGUCCGGAGUUCUUUUUACUGUUGCUGAAAAAGCUGAAUGUUUUGGUACCGAAUCUGUCGACGAAACACGAUGCCAGCAUAACAGAUGACCGAAAAGAAACGGAAAGAAUGACUGACGACACAAAGCAAGAGACAUCUGACAUGGAAGAAUGGUACAGCCAUUUGGUUAUCGAAGAUCUGACCAAACUGAAUCUAUCGUCGCAACAAUUGUCCACAAUAUCAAUGGCGUGUCAGUCUCUCGUAGCUAUAAAUCAGCUGCUGGACUCGGGGCUUCCAAAACUGCUAUCAUUUGCCAUAUUAGAGUUUUGUUACCGUGCCAGUUCUAAAGAAACCCUAGCAUCGACAAAAGUACUCCAUCCGGACUGCUUAACCGAUUCCGAUAAAGUCGAGAAUCGGCCAUCGAAAAACGUCUUCUAUCCGAUGGUGAACAUGCAAAAGGUGUCGGAAAUUUUGGACUUUUUCUCCGAAACAUCAGAAACAUCGGGACAUAUGCGCGACUGGCUCGGAACGUACGAGGGUUCCGUGUUUUGGAAUCCAUUGCUUGAUCUACUGUGUAACGAUCGGCCAGUUGACACGGAUCCACAGUCGAAUUGUAGUAAAUUGGAGGCGGCAACAAUACGAUUUUUGUCGAAAGUAACAUCUUGCCAUCCAAAGAACCAGGAAUAUUUAACGAUAAUUCUGAUAUCCGUGAUAAAGAAGCCAAAUAAUCCGCAAAGUUCAAAGAAUAUAAUCUCUGGAUUCACCAGACGUUUGGUGUUGCAACUGUUAUUGGAGAGCGAACGAAUUUUAGUUUCAGUACAAAGUGAUAUACCGCUGCAAAAACGGGAUCCGCUACAGGCACCAUUCAACAAUCAUCCGUCGUUGCGACCAACUGCACAAAACAUAUUUUUUUAUUUGAGCACCCAUGCAAAGUGCAAAGAUAUUUUGGACAAUUCCAUCUACAAUAAUCUGGUGACGAUAACCAAUACGAACUGUGAUGCAACCAAUAAACGAACGAAUUUAAUUGAAAAUCAAAAUGCCUUCAUGGAGUCUAGAAAAGAUUGGCUGGAAUUUGGUAUGGGUCUCGGUUCCGGCAUAUCAAUAUUGAGUGUUGCUGCCGGUGUAACAGCAAAAGAUAAACGUUUAAAAGAAGCGAAGAAUCAGGUUGCCGCUUUAAAGGAUAAGGAAUUCAUGCCAUCUCUGUUCAACAAAAUGAAAAAUGCUGACAAUUUCAUUACCACCACCGACGUGAAAAGCUUAUUUCACCCAUCAAAUCCGGAUGUUAUGAUAAACAGCGAUACUACAAUAUCGCAAGUGUUGGCAAUGAUGCACAAUUCGGGCGUCUCGCUAGCGACUCCAUGCAUUUCACUCAAAUUGACGAGUUCUAAUGCCAACAAAACGACCGAAACACCAACGCCAUACGUAUUGCAAGCGAACGACAUCGAACCACUGCCGUCUCCGUUGCAAGUGUUUUCAAGCCGCGGUGGUUUGUCUUUGCUGGCGCAUUACUUGCCUACAGUUUAUCCGGAAAUACCAAAGACGCUUCUAGCACACACCGAAACGGAGAAAGCUGCACCGGUCAGUGACUGGGUGAAAGUCGAACCGAACGAUGAUAUUUAUGAGGAUCUCGACAACGUUUCGACGGAUUCGUCAUCGAAAUUGCCGUUGAAUUUGUCUGUACCACAACAUUCACUGGCCGCUUUUGGCCUGUUUCUGCGACUGCCCGCAUAUUCUGACGUUCUAUUGCGAGACAAAAUCCGUGCACAAUGUCUGUUACGAUUGGUUCUCGGCGUCACAGGCGACGGCGAAGGAAAUGACAUAUACAGUCUUGCACUAGCCGCUACAUUACCAACUUUACCGUUUGAAGUAUUCCGUCAAUUGUUGAAUUGUUCACCAUUGACCACAGAUGAUGGCGUAAUUCUCCGACGCAUGAUUAUCGAAGUUGGUGCUAUGCAUCUUGUAUUAAAUUGUCUGGGAAUUUUCACCCAUCACUCGCAAAUGUAUCAACUGACAAGCACCACUGGAUUGCAAGAGCCUCCAUCCAAUGGAACAAUAAAAACGGCCCCCCAAACUGACGAACAGUUAAUUUCCGAUGACAAAAGUCAUAUGUAUUGGGCCAAAGGUACUGGUUUCGGAACUGGUUCAACGCAACAGUCAUGGGAUGUUGAACAAGCCUUAUUGCGGCAGAAGAGCGAAGAGGAACACGUUACCGUUUUGUUACAGAUUCUCUCCAGCUACAUCAAUCCGGGUGAUUGUACAAAUAUUGAUAUGAGUUACCAUGAUGCCAGUGACGAUUCGUCCGAACUUCCACCAAUAUUUUUGGAUUUGUUGCAACAUUCUUGCCUAAUUCCUGCCUUGUGCUCGUACUUAAGAAAUGAUUCAGUGUUGGACAUAACCCGACAUAUCCCGUUGUAUCGAGCUAUUCUGCAAUUGUUACGGGCGAUGGCAUUAUCGAGUCGACUGGUAACACUUCUGAUGCCGUCAAGACGAAAUGAUAUGUCGAUAGCAACGCUUUUGGUCAACAUGAAGCUAUGUGUGGAUACGUAUGCAAGUCGUCUGAAAGUCAACAAAAAGUCCAACAUCAAGGGUCAGACGCAGAAAGUCAUCGUCACAUUGGACGACGGGGACGACGAAGGAUUAGCAUUGUUGAUUCCUGAUAUUCAUGAAACAACCUUAUUGGUACAAAGAGUGACCAACAUUGAUAAGCUUUACAAUUCGACUGAUGAUGUUCAAACGGUUGAUCAACCACUUAGUAAAUCCAUCGAAGAAAGAUACCUUGAAAUAAUGAAGAAGUUGCAGUUUGAUACAGCAGAAAUGAUCGUAGAAUCUGACACUGGAUACCGAUUCAUCAUAUCACAUCAUUUUGAAAAUAAUGUCCGGAACGCUGGCGAUCGAAGUCAUCCAGCAAGAGUGAAACGAUUAGCUCAAGAAACUGUGACCCUGUCUACAAGUUUACCAUUAUCGUAUAGUAGUUCUGUAUUUGUUCGCUGUGAUACCGAUAGAUUAGAUAUUAUGAAGGUUCUCAUCACCGGUCCCGCUGAUACACCAUACGCAAAUGGAUGUUUUGAAUUUGAUGUGUACUUCCCACCCGACUAUCCCACGUCACCUAUGAUGAUUAAUCUAGAAACGACCGGACGCAAUACCGUUCGCUUUAAUCCCAAUUUGUAUAACGAUGGGAAAGUCUGUUUAUCCGUUCUGAAUACUUGGCAUGGACGACCUGAGGAAAAAUGGAAUGCACAAACAUCGAGCUUUCUACAGGUACUCGUUUCCAUACAAAGUCUUAUACUUGUGCCCGAACCGUACUUCAAUGAGCCGGGCUUCGAACGAUCUCGAGGAUCACCGAGUGCAACGCAUACGUCGCGUGAAUACAACAGCACUAUUUACCAAGCAUGUGUACGCUGGGCGAUGCUACAACAGAUCAUCAGUCCAUGUCCGUGUUUUAAGGAGGUUAUUCAUACGCAUUUCUGGUUGAAACGCCAUGAGAUUUGCGCGCAAAUUGAAGAAUGGAUUGCCGAAGUGAAUAAACAUCAACAAACUGAACGAAGUGGCCGAUCUGUGGCAUUUAAUUCGGUUCUAUUGAAACGCUUGUACACCCAAUUGAGAGAGGAAUUGGCCAAAUUGCCGGUGCCGCCGGGCCUGGAAGAUUUGGAUCAACCAUUUACGGCUACAUCGUCGGGUACGUGUGAUAGCACGGCUGCAACACCGACAAACAUUCCUCUCACAUCCAGCAGUACUUACUUUUCAAUGAAUAAUUCGGCAGCAACAUCUGUAUUGUCGUUGGAUACAUCAUCCAGUUCAUCCGAUUCAAACACUCCCAACAUUAUUUAAAUAAUUUCUCUGAAGAUAUAACACUCACACACACACAACACAAACAUUUUUCGUUCGUUUUAUCGCCAUUCAACAAUGUUUAAUAAACAACAUAGACGUUUAAUAAAAAAAAA